AUGACUCAUUCACCCUGCAAAUCAAGCAGCAGCCAACAAGAAGCCUUGGAGAUAUCAGCCGGAACCGCCAUUUUAUCCCGUAUUCCGGAAUUUUGGAGGGACCAACCCAGAUUAUGGUUUAAGCAACUAGAAGCCAUAGUAGCACCACAGAAGCAAGGAGACGAUUACAAGUACUAUACGGUCAUUGCAAAACUGCCAAAAGAAGAAAUAAUACAGGUUAGUGACCUCAUUACUUGCCCACCGCCAAUAGAAAAGUACAAGGCUAUCAAAGAACGCCUAAUCAGUUGCUAUGAGGAAUCAGACCAACGUCAGCUCCAAAAAUUAUUGUCUGAAAUGGAUCUCGGCGACCAGAAACCAUCACAUCUUCUGCGCAAGAUGCGGACCCUGAGUAACGGAAAUAUCAGCGACGAAACCAUCAAACUUCUAUGGUUGAGGCUUCUGCCACCAUCAGUGACUUCGGUUCUAGCAGUCACAGAAGACAUAGAUGUGAACAAGAUGAGCCAGAUCGCGGACAAGAUAUUAAUAAAUUCAACACGUACAGAGGUGUCAGCUGUAAACGGAAACAAAUCUGGCGACGAUACAAUGUCAUGCAUACUAGCACAGUUAGCAGAAAUGCAAUUGGAACUAAAUGCAAUCCAGCAAGGUGCAACGCUGGCAGUGAUCAUUGACAUGGACCAGCGCACGUCGGUGAUAUUCUCCGCGUGCGUCGCCGUCUUCUACACGCUGUUCGGGGGCCUCUACUCCGUCGCAUACACCGACGUCAUACAACUCUUCUGCAUCUUCAUUGGUUUGUGGAUGUGCAUACCGUUCGCGUGGGCCAACGAGCACGUGAAGCCGCUGAGCUCCAUGGAGGUGGACUGGAUCGGCAAGGUGGAUUCCAACUACUACUGGUUCUACAUCGACUACGGACUGCUGCUGGUCUUCGGUGGGAUUCCCUGGCAGGUAUACUUCCAACGCGUGCUGAGCAGUAAGACAGCAGGACGGGCUCAGAUCCUGUCGUACGUGGCCGCCUUUGGCUGCAUCAUCAUGGCCAUCCCCCCAGUACUUAUUGGAGCUAUCGCUAAGGGCACUGCAUGGAACGAGACGGACUACCGCGGGGAGUUGACGGCUGACGGCGAGCUGACGUCUGAUCAGACGUCCAUGAUCCUGCCGCUGGUGCUGCAGCAUCUGACGCCGGACUUUGUGUCCUUCUUCGGGUUGGGAGCUGUCUCCGCAGCUGUCAUGUCGUCGGCAGACUCCAGUGUACUCAGUGCCAGCUCCAUGUUUGCCAGGAACGUGUACAAGCUGAUCUUCCGUCAGAAUGCGUCGGAGAUGGAGAUCAUAUGGGUGAUGCGCGUCUCCAUCCUGGUGGUGGGCGCGCUGGCCACGCUCAUGGCGCUCACCAUCCCAUCCAUAUACGGUCUCUGGUCGAUGUGCUCGGACCUGGUGUACGUGAUCCUGUUCCCGCAGCUGUUGAUGGUGGUUCACUUCAAGAAGUACUGCAACACGUACGGCUCGCUGGCAGCGUACAUAGUGGCGAUGCUGGUGCGGCUGUCUGGUGGCGAGAAGUUGCUGGGGCUGCCUGCCCUCAUCCACUACCCUGGCUGGGACGCUGAGAACGAGGUGCAGCUGUUCCCCUUCAGGACCAUGGCCAUGUCGCUCUCGCUGUUUACGCUGGCCUUCAUCUCCUGGCUCUCAGUGUUCCUGUUCAACGGCGGCUACCUGAGCCCCGAGUCCGACUACUUCAACUGUGUUGUGAACAUCCCUGAAGACAUUCGUCGCGUCGACGAGCCUUCGGAGGCAGGCGAGCAGAUGUCGGUGCUGGGAGGAGUGCCAGGCAGGCUGUACGGGGCCGCCUCCACGCUGGUGGGGCCCGACGAGAAGUGCGGCCGCAUCAACCCCGCUCUCGAGCCCGACGACGACGACCUGGACGACCCCAACGACGGGCCCACCCCACUCUUCGGCAGCAGCAGCGCGCCCCCGCCCGUGCAGCCUUUCGGCAAGCAAACGGCUUUCUGAGACGAUAAGUACCCUUAUUAGUUCUCUAAGCCGCCCCCAGGAGCCGCCACCGAGGACAGGCUCGCGCCAUAGCGCGGUUAUAUUUUCCGAAAAUUUUACUAUUUCUUACUUUUCAUUAAAAUUCGAUUAGAUCGUUACAUCGAAGUAUGGAACAGAAGAGUUCAGUAUUUUUGCAAAUAACGACGACAAGGUUAUGCUCAAGACGAUCGAAACGAAACAUAUCAUCCGUAUCUUCCGACAAACGAACCAUUCUGUAAAUGUAUACAUACACACCUACCUACUCACAUACAUAUAUAUACGAACGAGUAAUGACGACGCAAGCAGACAGACAUAAAUAUAUUUAAUGAACUAUAUAUUAUCGUGUAGUUAUAAUGCAUAAAGCAAUAGAUGUAUGUUUAAUAGUUGAUGUAAAAAUG